AUGUCAACGUGGGAGUUCCAAACAUGGGGCGUGUUUGUUUUGGCCAUCAAGUGGUCGUUGCUGGGUCUCGCAUUGAAGUCAAUGAUUGACGCUGGAUACUUAAAGGAUGAUCAGGACGACUUUCGUUGGCUUCCUCAGCAACUCUCAAGCUUCAAAUCGGCAGCAGACUUGCAGUUCACAAUCUACUCGGUCUCUUCUCUAUCUACCACUCAAAACCUUACCAUCAUGCCUACGCAAGGUGUCAAAUACAUGUGGACAUGUUCCGAAUGUGGUGAUGUUAACAGCUUCACAAGUGGGAAGGCCUGCAUAGAGUGCAAUCAUUAUUACAACUCUACAUGCUGUUCCGCUUUUACCCUCCCACUCGGCGAAAAGUAA